GGCGCCAGCGAGCAACGGGCCGAGGAGCAGCCCCCGGCCCCCGCCUCCGGGCCGGCCCGAGCGCGCCCGGCCCGCCGCCCGCUCUCCACCGCCGCGCCUUCCCCCAGCCCCCCGCCUCCCUCCCUGGCCACUUUAACACUUGCCCGCCGCCUCUGCCGCCGAGUCCGCGGACAUGUCCUUCCCGCAGCUGGGCUACCCGCAGUACCUGAGCGCCGCGGGGCCCGGCGCCUACGGCGGAGAGCGCCCGGGGGUGUUGGCUGCCGCGGCAGCGGCGGCCGCCGCCGCCUCGUCGGGCCGGCCGGGGGCUGCGGAGCUGGGCGCGGGCGCGGGCGCGGCAGCGGUCACCUCGGUGUUGGGCAUGUACGCGGCGGCCGGACCUUACGCGGGCGCGCCCAACUACAGCGCCUUCCUGCCCUACGCCGCGGAUCUCAGCCUCUUCUCGCAGAUGGGCUCACAGUAUGAACUCAAGGACAACCCUGGGGUGCACCCUGCCACCUUCGCUGCGCACACAGCGCCGGCCUACUACCCCUACGGCCAGUUCCAGUACGGGGAUCCCGGGCGGCCCAAGAAUGCCACGCGCGAGAGCACCAGCACGCUCAAGGCCUGGCUCAACGAGCACCGCAAGAACCCCUACCCCACCAAGGGGGAGAAGAUCAUGCUGGCCAUCAUCACCAAGAUGACCCUCACGCAGGUCUCCACCUGGUUCGCCAACGCGCGCCGCCGCCUCAAGAAGGAGAACAAGGUGACGUGGGGCGCACGCAGCAAGGACCAGGAGGACGGCGCCCUCUUCGGAAGUGACACGGAGGGUGAUCCGGAGAAGGCCGAGGACGAUGAGGAGAUCGAUCUGGAAAGCAUCGACAUCGACAAGAUCGACGAGCACGACGGCGACCAGAGUAACGAGGACGAUGAGGACAAGGCUGAGGUGCCGCAAGCGCCCACAGUGCCCACCGCCCUCGCUCGGGAUCAGGGAUCGCCCCUGGCGGCCGCUGACGCGCUCAAAACUCAAGACUCGCCUCUAGGCUUGGCUAAGGAGGCCCAGGAACCCGGCGGCACGCGCCUGUUGAGUCCAGGCUCGGCAGCGGGUGGCCUGCAGGGAGCGCCGCACAGCAAGCCCAAGAUCUGGUCACUGGCCGAGACGGCCACCAGCCCGGACGGCGCGCCCAAGGCCUCGCCGCCGCCCGCCAGCCAUCCUGGCGCGCAUGGGCCCCCUGCGGGCGCGCCGCUGCAACACCCCGCUUUCCUGCCCAGCCACGGACUGUACACCUGCCACAUCGGCAAGUUCUCCAACUGGACCAACGGCGCUUUCCUGGCACAGGGCUCGCUGCUCAACAUGCGUUCCUUUCUGGGCGUUGGCACGCCCCACGCCACCCCCCACGGCCCGCACCUGCCCGCGCCGCCGCCUCCACCUCAGCCACCGGUCGCUGUUGCCUCCGGGAUGCUACACGGCGACAAGGCCUCGGCCCGCAGCAGCCCCACGCUCCCAGAGAGAGACAUUGUCCCCAGGCCAGACUCGCCGCCACAGCAGUUAAAGUCGCCCUUCCAGCCGGUGCGCGACAACUCGCUGGCCCCGCAGGAGGGAACGCCGCGGAUCCUAGCAGCCCUCCCGUCAGCUUGAUUCAGGGUCUUCUUUUACUUUUGCGGGG